GAAGGCGUCACCGGGGGACUUGGCUGUUCACCACGCAUGCGCGUUAUCCGCUCUUGAAGAGACAUGGCGUCGUCUCUGAUCUGCAGCCGCUUAACGGCCAGCCUGAGAAACUCCGGCUCCAGAAGCACCAUCAGAUCAGCCACCAAGGUUCUGGCUGGUUCUUCCGGUCUGCUUGGAGGCCAUGCGUCGCAGCAGCAGAGGAGCCUCUCUCUGCACGAGUACAUGAGCAUCGGGCUGCUGAAGGAGGCGGGGGUCUCGGUGCCGGCCGGCCUCGUGGCCAGCUCCCCGGAGGAGGCGUAUGCUGUGGCCAAGCAGAUCGGGUCUAAGGAUCUGGUGGUGAAAGCUCAGGUUCUGGCCGGCGGCAGAGGAAAAGGGACGUUUGAGGGCGGACUGAAGGGCGGAGUGAGGAUCGUUUACUCACCCGAGGAGGCGCGGGACAUUUCCUCUCAGAUGAUUGGUCGGAAGUUGUACACAAAGCAGACGGGGGAGGCGGGUCGUAUCUGCAACCAGGUGUUCAUCUGUGAGCGCAGGUAUCCCCGCAGAGAGUACUACUUCGCCAUCACCAUGGAGAGGCACUACCAGGGCCCAGUGCUGAUCGGCAGCUCGCAGGGCGGCGUCAACAUCGAGGACGUGGCGGCGGAGAAUCCCGACGCCAUCGUGAAGGAACCCAUCGACAUCGUGGAGGGUAUAAAGAUGGAGCAGGCUGUCAAGGUGGCUCAGAAGAUGGGCUUCCCGGCGGCGCUGGUGGACGACGCAGCGCAGAGCAUGAUGAAGCUCUACAACCUUUUCAUCAAGUACGAUGCCUCCAUGGUGGAGAUCAACCCCAUGGUGGAGGACUCCUCCGGCACCGUGAUGUGCAUGGACGCUAAGAUCAACUUCGACUCGAACGCAGAGUACCGUCAGAAGAAGGUGUUCGAGAUGCAGGACUGGACUCAGGAGGAUCCACGGGACCAGCAGGCCGCCAAGGCCGACCUCAACUACAUCGGGCUGGACGGCACCAUCGGCUGCCUGGUGAACGGGGCUGGUUUGGCGAUGGCCACCAUGGACAUCAUCAAGCUGCACGGCGGCACCCCCGCCAACUUCCUGGAUGUGGGGGGGGGAGCUACAGCUCAUCAGGUGACUGAGGCCUUCAAGCUCAUCACCUCGGACAGGAAGGUUCAGGCGAUCCUCGUGAACAUCUUCGGAGGCAUCAUGAGGUGUGAUGUCAUCGCUCAGGGCAUCAUCAUGGCUGUGAGGGACCUGGACCUCAAGAUCCCCAUCGUCGUGCGGUUACAAGGGACGAGAGUGGACGACGCCAAAGCUCUGAUCGCCGCCAGCCCUCUGAAGAUCCUCGCCUGCGACGACCUGGACGAGGCCGCCAAAAUGGUGGUGAAGCUCUCUGAGAUCAUCUCUCUGGCGAAGGAGGCUCAGGUGGACAUCACCUUCCAGCUGCCCAUCUAAAGGAGAGACACCUCAACCAUCAGCCCAAACACUUCCUCUGUCCCCCCCACAGCCCCUCCUCCUCCUCCUCCUCCUUUAGUUUUUAUUGUGGCAUGAUGGCAGCUGAGGCACAGGUUCUCCCGUCUUCAGGUUCUCCCUACCUCUCGGAUCCCCUCACCCUGCCUUCUUCCUUAUUCUGAAACUCAAGUUGCACUCGAUUGAUACGCACACACUUUUACUUUUCCCUCCUUCUCACACCUUUAUUUAUUCAUGCAUUUCAUCAGGCCUCCCUGCCAUCAUGCCACCCCCUCUCUCUGUCUGUAACGGCGGACAUUAGGGAGGCUGUGAGCGCUCACUUGAACGGUAAAAUGACUGUAGUUGUUUGUUUGCUUCAUCCUCCUCCUCCUCAUCCUCCUCCCAGAGUUUCGAACACAUUGUAAGUUGUACGUCAUUUAUUAUAUCUUGUAAAUAACCUGCUGUUGUUCUCUCUCUGUACAAUAUUUAUGCUCCCUACUGAGGAGUACAACAAAGGAAGAGUAAUAAAAACGGAGAACACCA